AGCGCGCUGGGGGAGGGGAGCGCGGAGCCGACAGUUUCAGGGCAAAAAGCGAAAGGCGGGCGCAGGGCUGCCUUCCGAGGCUCUCUUUGCUUGCAGUUCGUCCCGCUUUGCUGAACGGGGAGUCGCGACCUCCGGCACAGGAUGUGGUGCCGCAGGUUGUCCCAUCUACAAAGCAGGCUCCAGGACCUGCUGAGGGGACGAGUCACAUGUUGGGCCCUUCAACAGCCCAACUUCAAAAGCUUAUUUCCAUUAGCCAUCCAUUGGCACCAUACAGCCUCCAAGUCUCUGAAUUGUGUUUGGCAGCAACAUGAAGAUCAUUUUGAACUGCAAUAUGCUAACACCGUGAUGCGCUUCGAUUAUGUCUGGCUUCGAGACCACUGCCGCUCAGCAUCUUGCUACAACUCUAAGACUCACCAGCGCAGCCUAGACACUGCCAGUGUGGAUUUAUGUAUCCAGCCAAAGACCAUUCGUCUGGAUGAGACCACACUCUUUUUCACUUGGCCAGAUGGUCACGUGACUAGAUAUGAUUUGGAUUGGCUGGUGAAAAACAGCUAUGAAGGGCAGAAACAAAAGGUCAUCCAGCCUAGAAUCUUAUGGAAUGCUGAAAUCUACCAGCAAGCCCAAGUUCCAUCUGUAGAUUUCCAGAGCUUCUUAGAAACCAAGGAGGGACUGAAGAACUUUCUACAGAACUUUCUGCUCUAUGGAAUUGCUUUUGUAGAAAAUGUCCCUCCUACUCAAGAACACACAGAGAAGUUGGCAGAAAGGAUCAGCUUGAUCAGAGAAACCAUCUAUGGGAGGAUGUGGUAUUUCACUUCAGACUUCUCCAGGGGUGACACUGCAUACACCAAGCUAGCUCUGGAUCGGCACACUGACACUACCUAUUUUCAAGAGCCCUGUGGCAUUCAGGUGUUUCACUGUCUUAAGCAUGAAGGAACAGGUGGCAGGACACUGCUAGUAGAUGGAUUCUAUGCAGCAGAACAGGUACUUCAGAAGGCACCUGAGGAAUUUGAACUCCUCAGCAAUGUGCCAUUGAAGCAUGAAUAUAUUGAAAAUGUUGGAGAAUGUCACAACCACAUGAUUGGGGUAGGGCCAGUCUUAAAUAUCUACCCAUGGAAUAAAGAGCUCUAUAUGAUCAGGUACAACAACUAUGACCGGGCUGUCAUCAAUACCGUACCUUAUGAUGUUGUCCAUCGUUGGUAUACAGCACACCGGACUCUAACAAUAGAGUUGAGGAAACCUGAGAAUGAGUUUUGGGUCAAACUAAAGCCUGGCAGGGUGGGUGCCAAACUCAAAAGAUGUCAAGUCCUAUUUAUAGACAACUGGCGCGUCCUACAUGGCAGGGAAUCCUUCACUGGCUACCGCCAACUCUGUGGCUGCUAUUUAACAAGGGAUGAUGUAUUAAACACUGCUCGUCUCUUGGGUCUUCAGGCUUAAAAUUGACAGCAUUGGUAUUAUGAACACACCUGACAACCUGGCUACCAGAGUUCAUAUCAGCAGAAUAAUAUUGUGUCAAUACCGACUUCAAAUUGUCUCCUUACCUCAUCACACAAAACAAAAACCUCCUCUUUCUCUAAUAGGGAAAACCUUGGAGAGAGGCUUCUGAGAUAGCCAAUGUCAGCCAUCUAGUGUGGUAGCUUUCUUCCCCAAGUUAUAACAUGGACUCAUUUGGUUUUUGGACCUUUUGAUGUAAUUGUGGUCAAUCUGCUUCAGAAAUAUAAUCACCACAUUGAUAGAGAAACAAUAAUAGUCACUAGGUAAAAAUUUGUUUCCACAGAAUCUGUUAAAAAGAAAUGCAUUCUAGGAAUAACAAAGUCUUAAUAGAGCAGAGAUUUGCAACAUUUUUGGUCUUAAGACACCUAAUCACUCUUAAAAGUUAUUGAGGACCCCAAAGAAUGCUUGGAUGUGGGUCGUAUCUAUUGCUACUAAUUGUAUUAGAUAUUAAAACUUAGAAAUGUUUAAAAUUUAAGAACAAAAAAGCACACAUCCAUCAGCUAUCAGAGAGAUGACAUCAUCACAUGUCAUGUAUCCUCUGGAAAAGUCUUCUGUACAUUCAUCAGAUAAUUCGAGUGAAAAAGGCAAUAUCAUCUUAAUGUUGUUAUUAAAAAUUGUUUUUAAUACACAAACCCACUAAAUGGAUCUCAUGGACUGCUCCAGGUGUCUUUAGACCACACUUUGAGAACCAGUGUGCUAGAGGAUACCUUGGGACAGUCCUUUACAUAGGCCUAUGGAUUAAAGAGUUUAACUGGAACCCUAAAUUUUUCUCUAUGGUCUCCUAGAACUACAGAUAUUGUAGGAAUUGCUUCAUAUCACAAGCUCAGUGAUAAGGUAGGAACUGAAUACAGAGUGUUUUAUCUUGUGAGAAGAGUUAUCUCUAUCUAAGUCAUCUCUUGAGGAGUAAAACUGAGAAGUCACAAUAGCUCCUGUGAAACAAACCCAUCAGUUUGGUAAUUCUGUGAGGGAUAAUUGCAGAAAGUUUUUAGACGUUUCUGAGGUUCCAUAUAGUAAUUCACACACAUAUGCACACGCUUGUGUGCAUACACACAAAACACAACAAAGGGUACAGAGGGGUAGUCUCUAAGAUUGUUCAGGGAAUUCAUCACAAUCGAUAAUGUGCCUCCAAAGAACUGGAGAUUACUAUCCAAAAUUGCUUUUUGGCUUUUGAUGGAAUUUAGGAUACAAUCUGUUUUCCUCCAUUUCUGCUAAUCUUUUUUUUUCCCUAUCUUAAAAUAUUAUACAUGUUAAUUGCCAAGAUUUGACUGGGUUAAGUAUAAUACCCUGUUUCUUUUAUUUUUUUAAUGGCUUUCCUUUAUAUGUGGAGAGAGAGAGAGGGAAAGAGAGACAGAAAUAGACAGACACAGAGAGAUAGGUGUGAGGUUUAUUUUCCCUUGGCUUUCAUUGAAAGCGAAGCUGUACAAUAACCACAUUGACUGCUAUAAAAUGAUGAAAGACAGUCCAGGCUAGGAUGUGCACAAGAGGAAAAAAGCAUUAUUAGUGAGGCUAGGAGUCACAAGUCAAAGAAAAGUUAGUAUUCUGACAGAGAAUAGAGCGUAAUCUGAUGCUUUCAGGAAGUUCCUAGUUCACAUUUAAUAGUUUAUACAUUAUUUUAUUGACCCAUCCAGUGCUCCAAAAUAUGUUCUCAAAUAUUUCUGCAUUUUAAUUGUACUAUAUAGGAAUCUUUAGGGGUCUUCCAUGAAAUGUGUUUUCCUCUUAGGUCAAAGGAUUGAUAAUUAAGUUCACGUCUUAAAGAGUAUACCCUUUAGCAAUUAGAAUAGAAGUAACAACAUUUUAACAUACCGCCUUUUCUCUGUACUAUUAUGUACUCUUAAAAUAUGUUACCAUUCAUUAGUCUUCAUCAGGAUAUUUACCUUUUUUGAAGUUUUGCCUAAAUUAGCCUUGAAAAUUACACUAUAACUGAGGUCAUCAUUGCUUUAUGACAAGGAAAGAACAUAUUCAUGGCCCUGGGGUGAUAAGGACACAGAUCAAUCUUCUCCCUUACUGAAGGACUCCCUUUACCUUCUGUCUUCCCUGGGACCUUGAUUCAUUAAUUAUUUCAUCCUCAUGUUCCUAAAUUUUCAAUCAGUACUUUUCUACAGUGUACUCUCCUCAGAGGAAGAAAGAGGAAAAGGAAUUAUUUGAGUGUUGAUCAUGGUCAUUGACAACUUUCUACGUGAGAGAUUUCUUUUUCACAUCUCUUUCUGGUGUCCCUGAAAAUGUAAGCAUGGGUGUGUGUCAACCAAGCUCACUGUAGAGUCACUUUUACCUUUUGCUAUAGUGGGAUGGGAUCAGUAGAGAGUCAAGAGCACAGCACCUAAUAUGGUGUCAUAGCACCUAACAUAAUCAUUUCAUAAUACGGAUUUGUUGUAAUGAGAAUAAAUUAAUGAAUUAUUUUCAAACAAACUCACCAGAAAAUAUCACAUUCUCUGUGUGUCUUUUUAUGUUUGGCAGUUAACUGGCGUUGAAUUUUGUUCAUCUUCAUCUAGAGAGACCAAGCAUUCAAGUGUGUGCAAACUGAGAGGGGUUUCCUGGGCUGCAGAACUUAUAGUUUUAAAACUGGGAAAGUCCCACGCAAAUCAUGACUGUUGAUCCUACCUUCUUGCUGCUAGCUGCAUUUUGCUUUUCAGUUUUCUCUUCUUCAGUUUAAAAUGAAGGCCUUGGACUAAGUAGCAUCUAAAGGCUGUGCCAUUUUGUAAUUUUGUUUGGCCUCUCAUCGCUUAAGUUUUCUUAUAUGGGUACAGUAAGGAAAAUACCUACCUUACAGGGUUUUGUGACAAAUUUCUGAUUAUUAACUAAGAUGUCUGCGGCACAUAAUAAUGACCAAUAAU